AUGUCGCCUCCGCUGCCAUGGCUGUCUGUCCCUCCCUCGAACUCACCGAAAGGCUCACAAGCAAGCUCUCGGAAUCCUUCGCGAAAGCCUUCACACUGCGGCUCUCGUCGUGGCAGCACAAAGGAGCCGAAGGAAAAGGAGGGCAAGGCUUUCGAAGCCGCACUUGCUGUGUUUCAGUCCUUACACGGCAUCGACGAUGAUGUGCCGCCAGAGCAUAUUAUCAUCCAGGACUUCUUCGACGACAAUGGUGUCUCCUUUAAGGACUCGCCUCCCAAUUGGGCUAUUCUGGCAGCUCUCCGCCGUCCACUCUCAAGGAGUGACAAAACGGACCAGAAGCACGGCUCCCUAUCGACGCGGCAGCAGCUAAUGAACUCCCAAGCAGCCGUGGAGAACGCACGAAAACGUGCUCAAUAUCAGAGACAGGCAAGCUUGCACAUUCAGAAGGUCACCAACAAUCGCGCCAUUGAUAUACAGGCGUUGCGACACUUCCACCUCUUUUUCCUGCCUCUGGGCUAUGUGCCCAGUUCGCCGGUGUUCAAGCAGCACCUCAGCAUCGCCUACAUCGAAGAUGCGAGGGCGGAGGAGCAGACCGACGCCACAGAAUCCGAGGACCAAGCCCUCACCACCAAAGGGCCGGGGAGUGCCAUGAACAACGAGCAGAGAGCCUUGCUGCUUGCCGUCUUUCGCAAGUCCAUCAAGAAGGUGACAGCGAAGGGAGGGAAAGCGGCACUGAUGAACAGGUGGACAUGGUUCCGGUUUUUGAUACACUGUGACUUGAUCGGGCCGGCUGAUUCAUGGGAUCACCGCAAAGCAGAGGAGUUGAAAGUACCGUGGGUGCUGGCGGGGAAGAUUUUCAAGCUCUGCCAAGAAGCCAACUCGAAUCCGCCGGCCCUUUCUUUUGGCAGCUGGGCAAAUGCGAUCCAAGCCGUACUCCGCUCCAGCGGCCUGUACGCAAAGGGUCCGGAAAUUGUGGAAGCCAUUUUCAAAACCUUCCUACCCCGUGCGCAAGAGCAGCUUGGCAUCACCGAUGAUGAUGCGCAGAAAACGGUGACGAAAGCCAUGCAAGGAGAGUGCAAGAAGUCGAUGCAUGGAAGUCAGCGCGCCAUGUCAAUGUCGCGGUCGAUGUCCAGGAAUAUGUCUCGCAGUGCCUCGAGGGCUCUGAGCUUCUUUAGCGCCGCUGGCUCCACGAUUGGCGAUGAUGCGAGUGAGGCGGGCGAUCCUCCUGAUAGCAAGCUGCCGCAGAGCUGGCAACUGAAUCUGGCGGAGCAGCAGAUGUGCGAGCCAGAGUGUUUGCAACUGCUACACGAGUACAAGGCACUCCUGCAGGCAUUGUUCCAGCACUACGUGCAAGAGGAUUUCAAUGAUCCUGACAACGAGCCGUUGAUGGGCCCGGUCCUGUUCCAGAAGUUAUUGAGAGACCUUCAAUUCUUGCCGGACUUCGUGCAGACCUUCGCCCUCGAGAAGCACAUGCAGGAGUGCGAGUCGAGGUACGGCCAGGAGUCCCUGAACUUCAAUGCCUUCGUGGAGUGCCUUUGCCGAUUGUGCUUUUGUCAUCUGAACAUCUAUGGUAGCAGCAUGCAACAACUGGCACCUUCUAAGCAGAAGAUGCUUUGGGUGAUGGCCAUGCUGGAAGCUCGGUUGCCCCCGGAGCUGGGAGGACGACCUGAAGGGGACCAGUCGCCCAGGGGCCCGGACUGUCUCUGGCACCGGAGGAAUGAGACUUUCGACAUUUCGGCUUGCCCACAAGAAGCCAUCAUCUUCUUCAAGACCAUGGGUGGGGUGGCAAAACCCCGCACUGAGCUGAACUUCGAGAGGCUGCAGAGCUGUGACGUGGACGACCUGUACCCACAGAGCCCGUUUCGACGGUGA